CUGGAGUACACAGAUUGCAACACCACUCUCCACGGCUGGGACUGCUGGGGCUUUUAUCCACGACUACAUAUGCAGUACUGAGAUCCUGCAGCCAACCGGUUGACUGUUAAAUAACUUUAAUCCAUUUAUCGUCAUGGACAUGGUUACUAGAGAGACAUGAAGACGUGACAUUGGAUAAACGUGAGCAGGCCGGGAAGGAUCCUCGGGAUUUCCUGUCUCCAGCUGGCUGGAGUUGGGUUAGCUAGCUGGUGCAGGGAGCCCAGUAUCAACUCAGAUGUCACUAAAGCAAACCAAACAGUGGUGAUGCGGAGGACUAAAACAGUUCUGAAACUGUCUCAACCGAGUAUACGAGGAGUGUUAGUAAGUGGAAUUUACGAAACUACUUUUGGGAAGUAGAAGUAGCCUGUUAGCUGGUCGUGCUAACUCCAGUAGCAGCAGCCGCCGCGGUGUGAGUGGCCGGCUGUGCCGUCUUCCUGACGGCUUGUGUUUGGAGAGUGGAGCAGCUCGCCGGUGCCCUGAAUUCAAGAAGACUCCCCGGCUCCGGCCCCCUCAAGCGGGCAGUCAGGAAGAAGCUGGCUGGGAGGGGAUGGCCUGGUCGGUCUUCCCGUUCCCAAGGACAAGGCUCUGCGGUGUUUGAAGGAGGUCGAGUUCGGCUAGAGGCCACCACCGCGGGUCGAGGCGUCAUGAUGGCCGGGUCUCCCUCCGUAGCCGGCGGCUACACGGCCAGCGGGCCAUCGGUCAGGAAGAGCGAGGAAGUAAUGGAUUUGAUAGAUUUGUUUUCAAAGAUGCAGUACAGAGCGAAGGAAGUCACUUCACGGGUGGAGGGGAUAGAGAAGCGUUGUCUGGAGUUGUUUGCAAGAGACUACAAGUACAGUAUCAUCCACAACGCCAACGGAGAAGUGUGUGGCCAUUAUCCCCGGCAGAUAGUUUUUCUGGAGUAUGAAUGCACAGACGUCGAUAAAGAAAGGUUUGAGAGCACCGUGCAGAUCAGUAAGCUGCAGGACCUUGUGAACAGGAGUAAGCUGGCCCGCUGUAGAGGGAGGUUUGUCUGUCCCGUCAUCCUCUACAAUGGCAAGCAUAUUUGCCGGUCGUCCACUCUGGCAGGGUGGGGAGAGCUGUAUGGACGCACUGGCUAUAACUACAUCUUCUCAGGGGGCACUGAUGACACGUGGACGGAGUCAGAGGAGGUUCCAGAGGAUGACAGUGCAGUCAGGAACGGGGACUCCCAGCUUUUUGACAAGGUUCGGGGUCACGACAUUAAGCUGCUACGUUACCUCUCGGUUCGCUACAUCUGUGACCUGAUGGUGGAGAACAAGAAGGUUAAGUUUGGCCUAAAUGUGACGUCCUCUGAGAAGGCAGACAAGGCCCAACGCUAUGCAGACUUCACCUUGCUCUCUGUGCCUUAUCCAGGGUGUGAGUUUUUUAAAGACUACAAAGACCGAGACUACACAGCUGAGGGUCUGGUGUUUAACUGGAAUCAGGACUAUGUGGACGCUCCUUUGACAAUCCCUUUGUGCUUUACUCAGAACUUGAACAUUGACUGGACUCGAUACCAGUCGUGGGACCUGGUGGAACAGACCCAGAACUAUUUGAAGCUGCUGCUCCACAUCAUCAACAGUGAUGAUGAGAGCGGCCUCCUGGUGCACUGCAUAUCAGGCUGGGAUCGGACGCCUCUUUUCGUGUCCCUCCUCAGGCUCUCUCUUUGGGCAGACGGAGCCGUGCACGCCAGCCUGGAGCCAGCGGAGAUCCUGUAUCUCACCAUCGCUUACGACUGGUUCCUCUUCGGUCACAUGCUGCCAGAUCGACUCUCCAAAGGGGAGGAGAUUUUCUUUUUUUGCUUCAAUUUUUUGAAGCACAUUGUCUCAGAGACGUUCUCUGCUGUUAAAAAACAGAGAAGGAAGAACUCCCACUUCAAAGACAGUGAUUUCACUGUGGAAGACCUCUGCCAGUUAAACUUGAGGGAUCGUGGCAGUGUGACCAGCCUGAGCAGCGAGUUUUCCCUCAUCACCGAGGAAGCAGGUGGAGCCUCCAGCCUCACCAACGACACUGUGGACCUCUUCACCAGCCAACCCCAGGCCUCCAGCUGGAGAAAAGGCACCACCUCCUCUCCUCAGAUGGCUGUUUGGAAUAAACAGAACCCUAUUGAGGAGCACCUAUCCCACCCACUCAAUGAGGCCAGGUCUUCCAGCUCCUCCUCCUCAAACCAAUCAGAACACGGUGUCACACGCACUGGUAGCAGCCCAUUGGCUGUCCCUGGGAGACGGUUAGCAGCAGACUACACGCGGUCGGGGUCCUCCCUCUCUACAGAGUAUGGCAGUUGGCAGAUAGUUUCUGGUUGUGGCAGCAUCCAUGACCACGCUAAUUUCCCUCCACCUGUUGCCUCAGCCUCCUCCACGUCAUCUGCUGUCGCUGCUGCCUAUGACUCCCCCCUGCCCUUCAGCUUUCAGGAUGAAGGACCCAGUGGACGAAUGUGUCCCUUCCCCUCCGAGCGUCAGGCCCGUCUGGAGGCGGUGCGGGAAGUCUUCCUGGCAGCCUACAGCUCCACUGUGGGCCUUAAGUCAUCAGCCCCCAGCCCCUCCGGCGCCAUCACUGGCCUGCUGGAGCAGUUCGCCCGCGGGGUCGGCCUCCGUGGCACCAACGCCAUCGUCUGAACCCGCUCUAAUGUGACUUCAGACCUUCCUUCUGCUUCCAUCCAUCCAUCAACAUGUCUAGACUCAGAACAAUAAAGUGCCAAACAUCUCUGUUCAAGUCAGGGCUGAAGCAUUACAUCUUUUCUUGAAUUUCCUUUAAAUUUUGUUUGUAAAUCGUACAUGCCCAGGUUUAUUUUUUUAUGCGCUUCAGCGAUUUUUCUCUGGACUUUCUACCUUUAAUUUUAAUCUGUUUGGAGGGUGAUGGUUUCAGCCAAGGUAUCAAAAAGGGAUAGUUAAAUGUAAAAGACUGAGUGUAUGAGGUCUGAUCCUCUUACAGGCAGAUUAUAAAGAAUUCCUCCGUUCUUCCUUAAUCUUUUUAUCACUUUUUAAAUUUAACACAUUAUUUGCAGGGACCGUCCCAUGUACAGGAAGUAAUAUUUUAUUUUUUUCUGCCUUUUUGUGCUGCUAUUCUUUUUUGAUCCCAGCAGAGGGGAGUGCUUUUAUUCUGAUAGGUAAUAUUUGCACAGUGAAGGGAUGACGUAGUUCCUUCAUAGUGUGAUGAAGCAAAAAUCAGCAGUUACCAUGAAGCUGACACAUAUGUAUGAAGUUUAUUCAGUUUUAGUCAGUGCCCAUGCUUUGUGAUGUCAGAGUCAACAGCUAUAUACAUUUUUAGGGAUGCACAAUAUUGGAUUUUGCCAAUAUCAGAUAUGAAAGUAUGUACAUAUUCAUUUUAGCUGAUACCAAUGUCAACAACAGUAUUUAAAUAUAUAUUUCAGAACUAAAUUUAAGUCCUUAAACACACUUUAAAGUUUAAGGAUUGAAGAUGAACAAAGAAAAGCUGAUGUCUGGUCUGUUGGUCCAGCCUAAAACCCCACAAACUUAUUCGUACAUGUUGCCAGUGUAACGUUUGGAAAAUAUUUGCAGAAAUGUUCGUAUCUGCUAGCAUAAGCUAAUAUCUGUCAAUACCGAUGUCAUGCUGAAAGUAUUGUGCAUCCCUAUUUUAGGACAUGAUUAUGACUGUAAAGACUAACUAAACCCUGGAGUCUCGGUUGAGGUACUUCCACUGAAUUUCAAACAAUGCCUUUAAAAGUCAUGGGCAGAGAUGGCAGGGGUGAGGGAGAAGACUCGCCAACGUACCAUCAGAGGCAACAUCCUAUAGUCUGUGCUGCUUUUGCAGGUUUGAUUAUUAUCCAUAAUGUCAUGAAUGUUAACUGUGAACUACCUGAGUGUGAGACAAUAGCUUAGCAAAGACACAAGAUGGUAUGUUAUCACCCUUCUUUCAAGAAAAACCUGGUUUAUUCACACUCAAGAAGACUAGAACUACACUACCCACAAUCCUGGUGUGCCACAGAUUGGUGGAGCCCAGCUUUAACCAUAGGUUGUCUGGACCGUCCACCUUAGUGGAAACACCACCACUGACACCACAUAGCUUUCCUUUCUCCACAUCAGCCAGUAGGAAAAUUCUGUUGCAGUAGCUGGGGUUCAGCCUGUAGAGGGCAGAUGCUGUGCAUGUUUUUAACACAGUGGUAGAAUUGAAAUACUGGACCUGGAUUGAUCAACAUCGGUUCUAAAUACCCUUACACAAGCAGCUGAUUUAGGGGUCUAGUUAGUCUUUAAGCCUGGGAAAGAUCACAGUUUCUGAAGCAAACCUAGUCAUUAAACACGUCUGACCCAGUUUAUGAAUAAAUAUGUUGCUCGAGCAAAAUAAACGCACAGUCAGAGUGUAAACAGAAAGUUACAGAACUUGGUGCAGAUCAGACUUACUAUAGAUGAGGGAGAGAAGAUUUUCUUCGCUGUUUAAUGAUCUAAUGAGCACUUCUUUUUUAUGAAUUUAAGCACAUUGUAGCUUUAUGGUUCAGUCUGCUACAGAGUUUAGUUUAAGUGUUUUUUGAAUAGCUCUAAAAGCAAACGUACAUAAGAAUGGUCACGAGGAUGUUCAUAAUUACAGAGAAGCAGUGUGACUACUGGGCGCUUUUUUUUCAGUGUAGUGUAGCUACAAAGUUUCCACCUCACAGGUAGUGUGGUUAGUAUUUAUGAAGUCAAAAUCUGAUCUAAGUAUUUUAAAGUUUAGCAUGAUACCUCGGUCAUCUUUCUAAAAUAGCUGGUGUUGAUUAAACAUAAAUAGGGACUCUACAUUAGGAGUCACUCUGCCUUCCCAUAAUUCAGAAAUAAGAUGUUAAACUAGAUGCCAAGAUGUCCAAAAGCAUCCUUUUUGACAAUAAAAAAAAAUGUCCAAAUUUACUCUUACUUUGUUGCAAAUAAAAAGCAUUAAAGCAUAAAUGGCAAGUUUGCAAUCAAAUACAAGCUUCACUGCAGAAGUAACAGCAUGAUACAAAACUUAUUUGUUUAAUGAUUUUAUUGGGUUUUUUUUAUUCCCAACAUCACCACCACGGCUAAAUAUCUAAAGCAUGUUUUGUUUCCCAUUGAUCUGUAAGUCAGACGUCUUAUUUUAGUUCCCAGUCUGUUUUAUCUGUCAAAGGUCUUGUCCAUAUUGUGUGCCUCUGUGAAUGGAUGUAACUUCCUCUGUAACUUUGGUGAAGCCAGCAGUGGCGUUAAACAGCUUUUGGCAAGACUUCCUUCUCUGUCAGGCGUGUUUGUUGUCAUCAGUUCUUUGUCCAUAACAUCCCAGAGAGAGCUGCCCAUUCAUGUUUUGAGUCUCAGUUCAGCAGUAGGAUGUUGGCUAUACUGCAGCUUCACUCAGGCUUUAUUUGUAGUUUGGAGAAUUGUCAGAUAAUAAAAAUGUAUCAGGGCUGUUGUCAAAAGAAGAAGACGACUUCAAAAAGUUUUUGUAGAAAGUUUAGAAUCAGCCACCUCUGAUGGGUUUUAGGUUCCAUUGAAUUUAAACCCUGUUUGGCUUUUGCAACACAGCAUCAAGUGUAAGUGUGGCUCAAGUUAAAAUGUUUGAUUUAUAAUGGGCUGUUGGCUGCUUUUUCAUGCAGAUAUCUGAUUCCAGAGAGAUAAAUGAUAAUCAGAAUGACGUUAAUUAGAGCUGGUAUGUCGUCACCAUGGAUAGUGUUUCUCUGGUUUACUGUUUUUUUAAUUUUGUAAACACUGUAGCCUGCUGAUAGGUGAUUGGUCAGUACAGGUUGGACUAAAAAUGUACCAAAACUAGAAACUGGAGCUCUUACAACUCCUGUGUAAAUGGAGAUUAGCAUCUGCCUGAAUAUAUGGGUAUGCAGAAUCAGAUUCACCUUUAUCAUACAGGUCCCGUUGGUUCAUAAUAUCUCCAUAUUAUCAAGUUGAGUAAAUAUUCUGUCGUUUUAGUCUCCUAGUAGCACUGACUGGCUCGGUAGCACAAGAGGCACUGAGCGUUGUGAUUCUAUAAACCAAUGCCCUUCGUUGUUCUUGUUGGACUCAGUGAAGAAAAGUCCACUCGAUUCCUGCCUCAGCUCACGUUUAAAAUUUACACUGUUAAAAUCACACCGCUGAGACAUUUCUGCAUGGGCAAGGAAUCUUGAAAGUCAUUUCUGGAGAGAUUUUAUUUUAUCUGAACGCGUUGGUGUUGCCAAAUAGUUUUGACACCUGCUGUACCUCAGGACCUUUUGUUGUGCCUUUUUUUUUUAUCAGUAACAUCAGAUCAGACCUCCACUUCCUCUGAUCUGAUGACUUUUCUUAAAUGGUUUUAAGAGCUUAGGGUGUUUGCAGCUGGUUGUCUGGACUGUAGAAAAUGAUCAGCCUUAACUUUGCUGUAAGUCUUGCUUGGUCUCUGCUUUUAUCAUCCACCUGGUUGCAGGAUUAUCAGCCUUUUUUGUUGUACAGUAGCUUUAAGCUGUUCAGUCUUAUGGACACCCCUGAUACGGUUGAUAGGGUAAUUUUUAGUCAGUGGACACAUUUUUAUUCAAGCUCACCAGUAGGGAGUUAACAGCUUUAUUGACCUUGUAGAAGACUGUAAUCCUAGGAAUUUUACUGGUUAAAUUUUAUGGUUUGUCACUGAUGUUACCCAACAGACCUUUCAAAAGAUGUUUUUGGUUUUAGAGGCAAAAAAUGGGUGAAUCCCAUUUCUACCCUGAGCCCUUAUCUUAGCCCUUCUCCUUGGUUUUGCGCGUUUAUGUCAGGUGAAGGAAUGUCCCAGUUCUCUUCUGAAUCAGGGCUAGGGCUAAGGGCUACAUAGCCUUUGAAACAAAGAUUUUCCAGGACCACACUUGAAACCAAGGGGUAGAAUGAAUUUCCCUCCAUGCACUGCAUGACUUUCAACUGCAAAAUGGCUCAACGGGCUACGAAGGUGGUGCAUAAAUGUAAAAAGAUUUUUGGUAUGAUGAUUAUAGAAAACUGGGGCUGGGAGUUUAUGGUAUUUUAGUAAUGUACACAUAUAAGUGAGGGCUGUUAACUGUAUAAAUAAAUGGAGAAGAUCAACAUGGAGAUCCACAGUAUGAACGAGAUGGUCGAAACUUUAUUGUCACCUCUAAUGACGCUCUGUUCAUCGGCAAUGUGUGAUGAAGAACAGCAAUCAAGUGGCGUCUCGAUUCUUAUGGAAAGGUUUUCACCCCUACCACUUACCACUCUGUUUCAAGGGGGAAGGGGUAGAAAUAGGAUAGAGCCUAAGCGAGAAACAACUAGCUAAAGAUUAGUAAAGGGUUAAAAUGAAAUACAGAGCAACAUCUUGAAAUCUUUUGAGUGACAUCGUGUUUCCAUUUUACUAGAGGCCAAAAUUUGAAAAGAUUAAGUUGUCAACAGAGCUGUCAGUUAUGGCAUUCUGUAACAUUUCAUUGCAUCAAAUAACUACCCAAAAAUCUGGAAUAUAAGUCGCUGUGGUAUGUAAGAUGCAGUCUGUUUUUGGAGGUCCCCCAUAGUGGAAAAGAAUGAUUUCUAUUUUGUUUAGCAAAGUUCACAACAUGCAGUGUCCUUGCAGCUGUGUAGCUUUUUAGUAACAUCUGUUUUCACCAUGUGGAGUGUGCGCUCCUAGCUAAAAGGCAGUAGUUGAGCUUUCAGUCUAUGGUGAUAGAUGUGAAGUACCGACCCAUAGCUGGCUUGGCUAUAAAUAUAAUCUUUUCCAUCCAUUUUCAUUCAAGGCCCUUUAACCAUGGAUUAUGAUGCCCCUUUCUUCAAAUGAUUAUAACCUAAUGAGGGAGAAAAGCUGUUAAAAAGCAGUGCAUCAGCCUAAUUGGUUUUGUUUUGUAUCUUAGCACAUUUCAAGAUUUUAAACACAAACCUUAAAUGCAGAGAGAAUGGAGUUAUGCUGGCUGCACUUUUGACAUUUUGUAGCCAUGUUUUGGUCCCGUUGCUAAUAUGGAUGGCAGCAACUUUUCAGUGAAAAACAGGCUUAAACCGUGUCUUUGACUUUACAGUGAUAAACACUCUUAAAUAAAGCUGACUGAUGCACAAAUCAGUGAUAGAUUUCACUAGAGAUGCACUGAUUGCGGAACUUUAGGCAUUUUAACAUUUUAGCUGACCAUGAAAACAGAUAAGAGUUUGUCUUAAUUGUUCAUUUUGUCUGCCCUGUAAAAAACUCUCUUGAUUGAUUCAUGAGCUACAUAGUUCAGAAAGUUACUGGAUUCUGAUAUCUGUCCUUUUGCUAUAAUUUGACAGAUUUUUUUUUUUUUCUUUUUCUUUUUACACAGAGCUGAUUUCAACUGACACUGAUGCUAAACUGAUAGUGCAUCCCUUAUUAUCACAAUCAAACUGGGUUUGGGGAAAAUGUAUUUACUGAAAAUUUUAAUUGUUGCAAAAGUUUGACGCAUCUCGUAACAUGAAGGAGGAGCGGUUUUGGCUUCACUUGAGGCAAGGUGUAGCUCUGUCCAUUCUUUAUACAGUCUAUAAACAAAGAGGAAACAUGUUGCUCAUUAGCUGUUGCCCUAAGUCUUCAUGCUGAGCUAAGCUGACUUUGUCCAUACAGAAAUGUAUGAUAUCCGUUUUAACUUAUGAAUUUAGGAGAGAACUUUAAUCGACCCCUUUUUCAACGUAUCUUCAGUUCUCCAUCUGAGCUUUAAAAUGGUUUUGUUUAUUUACCCUAGACCUGGAGACUUUAGGCGUGGCCUUCUCCCUGUCAUGUCUUAAGCUUUGUUUUUUAUUUCCUAUAGAGGAUUUCUAAUAUCAAGCUGCCAAUCAGAAGAUUCUAGCUAAAGCAUUACUGUUAGUUUCAUACAGCUAAGUUUGUUCUCCUCCUGAGGUGCUUUAAAUACUCUUCAUUAUCUCUUUUUCACUCACUGGUUUUGCAUGAAUUUGCAAUUUCAUCUCAGUCGCAGCAUAUAAUGGUUUUAUUUGUUUUAAUUUUGAUUACAGAUUCUUUUAUUCAAAUGCUGCAUUGCACUUGCCCUGAUGUUCUCUGUGUAAAGAAUAUUCUUUGUACAGUUGAUGCAUUUUGAUUAAUUUAACCUUUUGUUUCUUGUUUUUGAUUAAUCGUCGCCAUUGGAAGGCUACAAAGUGAACUGAGCUGC